CACGUUGUGACUUUAUUUGCUUUUAAUCCGGCCGACGCGAGCCAGCAGCCGCCAAGCGUCUUUCUAAAAUUAUAUCCGUCGUCACGGAUGAAAUAUCGUUUUUGCUAGGAUAAUCCGGAGAUAACGCGGAACGAUCUGUAAUCACUUAGUAUUUACAGCCUAAAAUAACUUUGCGAAAAUAACUUUGGUUCUGUUCCAUAUUUUAGCAGGGAACACCAGGGAUUGUUCGCGUUCGAUGGUCAAUAUUUUCUACUCGUCUCUUGUCGUAAACGUCAAUUCGCUCGCGCAUAAAGCUGCAAAGCGUUAUCUUGCGAAAAGCGCCGUUACGUUUGCAGGCAUAUCUCGUACAUAUCAUUAUUUAUCUCUACUUUUACUCUGAAAAUUGUUUGAAACAGACCAUUCGUCAGAAAAUAUUUUCACAUUUUCCCUGUUAAAAUUGCAUCGUUUUAAAAGGGAAAUGUAAUUUUUGUACGUAACAUAAAUGUAACUCUUUCAAGCAAAGGACGUCGUUAUCAGUUGGCACACUGACUUCCGUUGAAUGCGCAAUGUGGGGUCCGGAACCGGGCGAUAAGACGAUGAUCAUCCGGCAUUCCUUUCGUAAGAAGAGCAUUUGCGGUUGGGGAAUUUCUUCUUUUUCCUUUUUGCCGGUGAAACAUAUCGGAGUCACGAAAGAGCGAGGAGGAAGGAGAAAAAGGGAGAGAGAGAGAGUCGGCGAGAGCAAUGGGAGCUAAAUAUAUGCCGACGCUAUUUUAUAAACACCAGAGAACACAUGUGGGUAUCAUGGGAUACACAGAGCCAGAAUAGUCGGCUAAGUGAUCGGCGAGCGCGGACGAUGCGCGCGUGCCAGGAAGUCAUUAAUUCUCUGCACGUCGAGGGAAUUUCAUCAAACGACGAUCUAACGACAUGUCCGCCGUCAUCCAUGUGAAUCACCAUUUCGUAUUUUUCAAUGAUUAACCGGAUAGAUCCUAACGAACUGGCGGCUUAACCAGAGAAAUUCGCCGCGCUUCAUUCAUUCGCGCUCGUGAAUCAUUGUCAUUCGUCUCAGUGCGUGGUCAAGUUGACCUAAAAGCUGAGAAUCGGUGUCAAUUGGUGUCAAUCAGUGUCAAUUGGACUGUUUCUUCGAGAAUAGGAGGAAAAGGCGCGAACCAUGUCGAUUCUCAGCAAGAAGAAUUUCUUCGGGAGACUGUCGGGCAGUCGCUUGACGCGAGAAGUGCCGAUGGUGGAAGCCGCCAACCGAACACCGUCCAUAGUGAUCAAUAACGAGGAGGGUCACGAAGACAUCUGGAUGGACGAGGUGGACCACGGCAGCAUCUCCUCCGAGGACAGCUCGGAGUCCGUCACGUGUCACAUACGAUCGGCGCCGAUGACGCAGGAGCAACCUUGGAGCAAAGAGGAGGUUGAAGUGGCGUUAUCGAAUCUUCCCGCGGGCGAGGCCGCCCUCUCCCUGAUCCCCACUCUUCAGGCUGACGCUCUGCAACGAGCUCUCGAGGAAUUCCAAUCACUGACUCUCAACGAGACCGACUGCAGGCAUCGCAAGAUCUCGUUGCCUACGUUCGCGAACGGAUUAAUGCGGAAAGCUCUGUUGGCCAGCGAGAAUGGAGCGGCAGCUUCCGCGACUCCUGGCCAACUGCUCGCCGGCUGGCCCGACACGUGUCUGCUGAUCUCAAGCUGGCUGGGCCACGUGGAGAUCGCGAAGGCUUUGUUGGACAAAGGCGCGCCGGUUGCUACGAGCGACAGCGAUGGAAGAACACCGUUACAUUUGGCGGCUUGCGCCACGUCCGUGAGGAUCGUGGAAGAGCUGCUGAAGCACAAUGCGGAUCCGAAGGAGUGGGACCUCGGCAAGAAGUGCACUCCCUUGCAUUGCGCGGCCGCGGCGGGUUGCGUCGCUACCGUCAAGUACCUCAUCAAGUUCGGGGCGGACGUGGACGCCGGAUUGUCCGGCAGAAGUCCGCUCCACUACGCGGUGCUGAACAACGCCGGGGAUUGCGCCGAGACUCUACUGCAAGCAGGUGCUUGUCCCAAUAAUCCACAGGUUUACACGGAGACGCCGUUGCACGUGGCGGCUAGUCUGGGCAACGUCCGUUGCACCAAGUUACUUCUUUGUCACGGAGCGGACGUGAGGGUGCAGCUAGGAGCGGCGAGGUCGACACCGUUGCACUUGGCGGCCGAGGAAGGCAGUGCCGAGUGCACGAAGUUGCUGUUGAGCGCCGGCGCGGCCUGGGAGGCGAAAAACUCGCGAGGCCAAACGGCGAUGCACCUGGCGGCGCUCGCGCUAUCCGUGGAGACGCUGGACGUGCUGAUAAGCGUCGGCGCGAGAGUGAACGCGGAGGAUGACGACGGACGCACGCCUCUGCAUGCCGCGGUCGCGAAGGCCUUGAGAGGGUGCGAGCUGGUCAAGACCUUGAUACAGGCAGGCGCCUCGGUCAACAAGGCGGACAAGUUCGGCUACACGCCGCUGCACAUCGCGGCCUUGAACGAAAGCUCGCCCAUCGUGGUGAUGUUGCUGCUGAAGGGCGCCGACGUGACGGCGCGAACGAAAGGCGGCGUCACCGCACUGAGUUUCAUCAUACGACGCACGCCGGACGUGCUGACACGAUUCGUCGCCCGGCUGGAUCAGGCGAUCUCGUUGCACGAUCACGAGCUGGGGGACGUGGACUGCGAGCUGAGGCUGGACUUCAGACCGUUGGUGCCGGGCGGUCGAGGGGAGGCGGACCUGAUGCUCUGCCUGGUGGAGGUCGGCCAAGGCCAUGUGCUGAAGCAUCCGUUGUGCGAGAGCUUUCUUUACCUCAAGUGGCUGCGCAUCCGCAAGUUCUUCCUGUUCAGCCUGAUCUUCCACUCGAUCUUCGUCGCUCUCUUCACCGGCUACAUCGGUGUCACGUAUCUAUGGGACGCCAUGCGCCUCAACAGCAUCCUCUUUUGGCCGGUACUAGGCUUCACCUGCAUGCUCGCCUGCAAGGAGCUCUUCCAGAUCGCACACGGUAUCUGUUCCUACGCCAGACGCUGGGAGAACUGGCUGCAAUGGAGCGUCAUCUUGGCCUCGUGCGCCGUUCUAAUAUGGCCGGUGUGUCCUUGGCAGAAUCACGCCGCCGCGCUGGGAAUCUUGUUGGCCUGGAUCGAGCUGAUGAUGGUGGUCGGCCGCUUCCCCAUGUUCGGCAUCUACAUACAAAUGUUCACCCAGGUGUCCAUUAAUUUCUUCAAGUUCCUCGCGGCCUACGUCUGCCUUAUAAUCGGCUUCUCGCUGGGCUUCAGCGUGCUGCACAAGAAUUACAAGUCGUUCGCCAACCCGCUGGUUAGCCUGCUGAAAACGGUCAUCAUGAUGUCCGGCGAGUUGGAGUUCGAGGACGUUUUCUUCGACGAGAACGCGACGCUCAUGUAUCCAGGUACGGCACACCUGAUGCUACUCAGCUUCGUCAUUCUGGUGACGGUGAUCCUGACGAAUCUCAUGGUCGGUCUAGCCGUAUCAGACAUACAAGAACUGCGUAGAUGUGCCGGUCUCGACCGGCUGGUGCGCCGAGCCGAGCUGGUGGCUCACCUCGAGAAUAUGCUCUUCUCCAAGCUGCUGGAUCGAGCGCCCACGAGGAUAAUAAAAGCGUGCAGGAAGGGCGCGCUGCUGUUGCAUCCGCCUUAUCAUUGCGCCAUUCACAUUCGGCCGAACGACCCGCGAGAAAAACGUCUCCCGCGAGAACUCAUCAAGGCGAUAUAUCGCCUGGUCAGCGAGAGGAGAACGCGACAGGCGACAAGUACACGAUUUUCUAGGUACGCGCCGCCGCAAAGUACGCACGUGGACUCGAGCCACGCGAGACUCAGCAGAAUGUACAGCAACGACAGUAAUCAGCAACAGCUGAACGAACUGGCGGCCGAACUGAAGAGAUGUUCCUACAACAUCAGCAUGAGACUGGAUAGCCUCACCAACAAGGUGGAGAGUAUUGCCAGAGAUAUAGACACGACGGUGCAUUUACGCUGAUGCGCUAGAUAGAAUGUCUAGAAUUGUUUGCGAAAUAGAAGGUGAAAUAGCACGAUGUUAUCCGCAAAGGACAACAUAUGGUGGAAUCUCAACGAUCUAGCAAUAACCUGGCUCACUAGAAAGAUCUAUCAGAAUUUUAUAUCAUUGAAACUUUAGCAUUGAUAGAGUUUACCUAAU